AGAAAUGGAGUGUAGAACUAGAAUAGAGGGUGCGGGUAAAUGGGACGUAUAAAUUGUGGCGGGAUCUAAUUGAAUAAUCGUGUGUGCUUUGGACUGAUGAGAAGAAAGUGACUUGUAUAGAAGCUCAAGCCAGAGCUUAAAAAACCCCGUAUAAACCACGAUUUUCUGAUCAAGUGGAAUGAGUUGACGUCACUAUAACUCGCGAUAUAAUCAACCAAUCACGGUAGGUAUCGAUCAGGUGUUUUUUUGUCGACCGAGUUCUUAAGCUGUUAGCCUUGCGCUCCUAGCUCACACAUUGCUCCGAAGUUUGUUGCAUCAACCACAGCUUGAUGCCACACGGGUAUUUUCAGUCCUCAACAUCAUUCCCGAGAGGAAGCCUAAGACCAACCAUUUCCUCAGCUGACUCGCGGCCAGGGUAUUGAGCGAUGGUCUCCCCACUCGUGUUCUUGUUUCUUCUCUGCGGAGAACAAACAGUCACGAGCAUGCCAGUGUAUGAGGGAAGGGUGACCGUGACACCUUCAUUGUUCGACCGAAGUCAGGUUCAGGAUUGUCUAUCACAAGAACUGUCGGCGAAAAGUGACUUUCCCUUCGAGAUCCGUCCAGGUUGUCUACACAUUUUGCAACAUGCCUUGUUUCCCGAGGGAACGCCCGUCGACUUUACCCAGUCCUCUGACUGGUUAUCACGAAUUCUUAACCGGGCGCGUGUGAUCAGCUCAGAGGAAGGAUUACACUGGCUAUGGAGCCUGCUACGUGAGGACUGCGGAAGCCUGAAGGGACUGCUGGCCAGUCUAGCUACACACAUUGCACGGAGGGAAUUGGAAGAGAGUACCGGCCUUGGCGUCUCGGAUGUUACAGAUGCCAACGAUUACAUGCAGAAGCGAGGUGAAACGACCACCAUCAGAAGUGAUCAAGAUCGAGCUUUGGAUAUCUUUCGGGAUCAUAUGACAGUUGAGGAUUUGGCUCGACUUAUGACCGACAGACCCAGCGCUGCGGAUCUGAUAGACACUCACGUGCCACUGCCGAGUGUGGCCGCCGCGGCCGGUUAGUGCCCCAAAACAACAAGGACGACACAGGCCCAACGAAGACACUCCACACCUGUCGCAGUCAGAAAAGAUGGCGACCAAUUUGGAUGGUCUCCCCCAACUCUCUCUUGUAGGCCGUUGAGGGAGUACUUGUGCACGCGGAGUCCAUAAAUAGAGCAGUUACUUUACUCCACUUUUACACUUUCAUUCAUUUAUUUGUUCAUUCACUUUCAUGAUGACUUGAUGAGUUUGACCCAACUGUCCCUGUCGAGCAUAGUGUUGGAAAGAGAUGGACCACUCAGACCAGUUUCCAACUCGACAGACCAGUUUCCAACUCAUGUAUUCAGGGUCAUGUUGGGACGACCUCUACGACGAGGGGCAUCAGGAUUCCAGAGAAGAACUCUAACACAGGACUCUAAAACUUUAAUACAGGAUGGGUAUUGUUUUGGGUGUGUUGUCUUACACCAUAUCCUAGCCUUUCAGGAAAGGUAAUGCUUUAAUAUCAGCCUAGUUUAAAGAUGCUAUACCCGUGCUCAUUUCAAUUUUCUUUUCUCAAAAUGAAUUUUCAAUGUGUAGGCCUAUGUUAAUUUCAAGGGAACGCUUAACUUUUUUUGUAUUUUUGACAUAUUUAACCCUCUAAAAAUAAGCUUCUAUUUUUUUAUUGCUUUUGCGACCAUAGCGCACGAAAAGAUAAGGCUGAAUUAUUGUCUGACCUUAAAUAAUUCGAAAUUUGUUGUUAUAACAUAUUUCAUUUCUAAACGUGGGUGGAUUUUGUUGUUCCAUGCCUCAUUCAAAAAUGAAAUGUUGUGUAUUGCAAGAGAAAAAUAGGAAUUUACAACAACAACAAAACACGAGGAGAGCAACUUUAAAAAAUGUACAGUAUUUGCAGGAAAAUGCUUUCCAUGGGUAUUCGACUUACAAAGGAAGGGAAAAACUUAAUUUCAUAAACAUUUACUACAUAAAGUGAACUAUUGA